UGAUAGGCGGGCGGGAAUUCCCCGCAACCUCCAAUAGCCUUUCCGGCCUACUCUCCCUUCCCGGACAAAGGACCGAACCACGGUCGUUUCCAUGGAGAUUUCGAACGCCUUCGCGUCACGUCCUCCUUUCCCAGAUCAGGGCUCGUUUGUGGACGAGAGUUUCGCGCGCUCCCAGAACGCUCCCCCCCCAACCCCCAGAGUGAAGGGGUUUUAAGGACGCAGCCCCCGCCCCCCCACACACACAAAGAGGCCACUGGGUGGGCAGGCGCGCCUGCUGCCGCCAUUUUGGCCGUGGAGGCGGCGAGACAGGAGGGAAGGAAGGAAGCGGGGCCGAGGCGGCUUUCGCAGGGGACAUGGCGCGCGAGGCUGCUCAGUGCACGGUCAGAAACGCGGUCGCCGCGCAGGUAGACGGGCAAAUGUGGUCCUGGCGAUCCGGUGCGUCAGUGAUCGACGUGCUGCUGCCUUGCCGCCGGCCCUUCUUCUUACAGGAAAUUGUGUUCAGGAAUUAUUACACAGCUUUCUUGACUGUGCGGAUGCAGCAACAAAACUUCACAAACAAGGGAAGGAAAAGCCGCUCCAGCUGGGUCACUUGCUUACGUAAUUAUUGCCUGAUGCCCAACCCACACACAGAGGAAGGCUCCCAGGAUUACUUCUGUCUCUCUAGGAAUCAGAUGCUUUGCAGUGUGGAUCGGGCGAUUGCCAUGCGGUUGAUUCUGCGCCAGCCUUCUCCAACAUGGCUGCGUUUCAGUAUUGAAGAGCUACAGCUCUGCCCUGGAGACCAAGAGAUCCCUAGCUGUGAUCCAUGGUUGCCAGGCCAACUCUCUCUCUUACCCACACUGGAUGGCAUCAGCAAAGAUUUGCAGUGGCAUCAGGAACAUCAAGCAGCUACAUCAGAGCACCCAGCAAUACCACUUUUAUGUAUUUGUGAUACUAGGAAAGACAAGAAAGCGGUUUGGAGAACUAGCAGAAAGGUUUCUCUGUCUGACUCCCACAUCCAUCACCCAAAGUCUGGCCAGGAAACCUUUGUUUGGAGUUCCCCAAUGCUAACCAAGAGUUUUCAGAAGUCCAGUAAAUGUGGGUGCUAGCGGAGAUACUUCAAACCAGCCAGCAGUGCAGAUCAGGCAUUUCAAUGUGGAUGGCUGUUAUUAUAGUAGCCUCUUCUCCUACACACAAGUUUUCCAAGCACUAGAACCUGGCACAUUUCUUAGGAAUAGCACUGUUGUAUGCAGAUUGGUGCAAAGAUGCUACUAGAAAAAGAUGAGGAAUCCACCCAUGUUGGUUUCCUUCCCCUUUUAGAGCUGCUAGAUGUAGCCUCAUCCAGUGGAUCUGGAGGACCUUGCCAUUUGAAAUGUUGUAUAAUUUAGUGCAAGAAAAGAAUGAGUUGUAUCUUAUGUUCCUUUCUGGGGUUUCAUCAGCUGAACUCUUUCUGACUACUCUUCUGGAUAUGCUUUUGCAGUUCCAUAAAGUCCCUUACUACAGCAGAGAAAUGCGUCCAGCUUCACAGAAUAGCUCAACAUUAGCUGAUUUAUCCCACGUCUUCCAUCCUUUAGUCACAUCCUUUGUUCUUUUCUCCUCCUAAUUUGAAAGCACUUUCUCUUGAUGCAGCCACAAAAGUAGAAAGGAAUGUUAAUGGUGUGAGUUGCUAAAUAAAUGCAUUUAUUAAGCUUG